AUGAGCAUCACUGCCCAGCUGCUAGGUUGCCACCGGCUCUCAGUGCCGCCUUCCAUCCAUAUCUUCUGCGAAGGGCCGCGCCUCCUCAUCAACGCUGGCGAGAAUGUGCAGCGCUACCACCUGGAGAAGAAGCUGCAUAUACACCGCAUCAGCGACAUCUUUCUUACGUCUCUGUCUCCUUCUUCUGCUGCUGGUCUGGUUGGUUUGCUGCUGUCUAUCGAAGGCACAGGGGCUACCUCAGUGACGCUGUGGGGCCCCCACGGCCUCAAGCCGCUGCUGCAGCUAGCUAUACGCUCCUUUGCAGGCCUCAAGAACCUGGAGAUAAACUACAGACUAAUGGGGCCCCCCGAGGCCCCCCCCUCUUUGCUAGGAGAGCGCUUCUGUACUGGUGGCGUCUGCAACGGGGGUUGUCGGCAGAAGAGCAGCAGCAGCAGCAGCAGCAGCAGCAACAGCAGCAGCACCAGCAGCAGCAGCAGCAACAGCAGCUGCAGCAGCAAGGGACCCCGGACUUGUGCUUGUUCUUAUGGGCCCUCCGUCAAGGGGACAGCCAGCGGUGUCCCCAUUGAGGCUUUCUAUCUUCCGCACAGCAGAAGACUGCAGCAGCAGCAGCAGCAGCAGCAGCAGCAAAAUGGAGUCAACCCGCUUCUAGAAGACGAAAACACCACCAGUUCUAACAACAGCAGCGCGGCCAACAGCAGCAGCACCAUCAACGGCAGCAGCAGCAGCAGUGUUGCACCUGCAACCCCCUCUAACGUAAAAUCUGCUGCAGCAGCAGCAGCAGCAACAGCAGCAGCAGCACAUCUCGAGCCAGCGACUGCUGAUGAUGAUCUCAAUACAAAACGACGCAAGCUUGAACAGGAUGGCGAGGAGAACGGAGGGGCUUCAGCAGCAGCAGCAGCAGCAGCAGCAGCAGCAGGUCCUUGCAGCAGCAGAAUAUCAGCAGCAAAGGCUGCUUUGUAUGGAGACUACGGAGACACCUCUGACUGUCUCCUUUUGCUGCUGCGGUGCCCCACAGUGAGGGGCCGCUUCUUCCCAGAGAAAGCGAAGGCGUUGGGGGAUUGA